GUUUCCGUAGUACAACUAGACAUUAUGCCUGAUCCAUCCAAAUCAGCUCCAGCCCCCAAGAAAGGCUCCAAAAAGGCGGUCACCAAGGCGCAGAAAAAGGAUGGCAAGAAACGCAAACGGGGCCGCAAGGAGAGCUACUCCAUCUACGUGUACAAGGUGCUGAAGCAGGUGCAUCCGGACACCGGCAUCUCGUCUAAGGCCAUGGGCAUCAUGAACUCGUUCGUCAAUGACAUCUUCGAGCGCAUCGCCAGCGAGGCCUCCCGCCUGGCGCAUUACAACAAGCGCUCGACCAUCACGUCCCGCGAGGUGCAGACAGCCGUGCGCCUGCUGCUGCCCGGGGAGCUGGCCAAGCAUGCUGUGUCCGAGGGCACCAAGGCAGUCACCAAAUACACCAGCUCCAAGUGAGGCGCGGCGAGGGUGCCCUCAAUUCAAAGGCUCUUUUCAGAGCCACCCAUACAGUCGUUAAAAGGGUCUUGAACACAGUGCGGGCCACUGACGAUUGCCACGCGCCCGAGGCGUUCCCUGACACUGGGUGCGGCCAAGUCCGAUUUUUGAGCGAGAAAUGUGGGGGUAUGGCUGCUUUGCCCUUCCUAAGCGUAGAGUGUGAACGACAGCUGCAGGAGCAGGCAAGGGGCGUGAGUCCUCUCCCCAAGCCUGAAGUUUCGGUGGGCGAGGUCACAGUGAGGUGGUAUUCUGGAUGUGGGCCCCCUUGGUGGCCUCUGAAUCUGUGUUCCCUUUAGCACCCUUUCCAUCCUUUUCUGGAAUAGAGAGGCGUCUUUAGCCCCUGAAAACUAUUCUGACAUUAUAUCAUGUCAAUAAACCCUGCACUAGCAGUAUGCUGGAAACGGGGCGGGGGGAGGGGCGGCACACCGCAAAGCCUGUGUGCAGGAGCUAGGAUGUAAUUAGCCUGAGCUGCCAGCAAGCAGUUUCAGUGGUUAGGGGAUGGGAGGUGGGAAAGAGUUCCGUUGUUUUGAGCAAGAGUUGUUCCCCUAAAGCUGCAUAAUUUUCUGUGAAGCAUUAGUAAAAGAAUAAUCCACACUCAGCAUUUAUUUGGAGAACGUCAUUAAAAAUUUUUUUAUUAGAUAUUUUCUUUAUUUACAUUUCAAAUCCUAUCUCCCUUUCUGGUUUCCCCUCCGAAAACACCCUAUUUCCUCCUCCUUCCCCUGCUCACCAACCCACCCACUCCUGCCUGCUUCCUGGCCCUGGCAUUCCCCUACACUGGGGAGAAUGUCAUUUUUAUGGAGAACGUUUGGGCAGGGAAUUUUACCUGUGGAAAGAUCACCACUUUCCUUGGUUUGGCUUUUAUUUAUGAAAAGAGGAUUCGUGAUAAUUAUUUGAGUUGUUACGAGACAUAUUGAGAAUCCUAUAGUCACCAGCAGGGAAUACUACGUACAUUUUAUUUUUUUACCAAGUUGUCAAAGGGAGCCCCUCUCAUCUGGACUCAGGCAUUUGACAUUUGGCAUUUGAGGGGAGGCUAUCUCUGCUUGAACUUCCUACAGUAGCUGUGCCACCUUCUGCUUUCCAGCUUGGUCCACAGAAAAGGGUUUUUGAUAGCAUCAUGUGUUUUAAAGUUAGCAUCUGAAGCAUUUUUAUCUGAAGUUCAAGUAACUGCAAAGAUACAAAUGACAAACCAGGAAUUUUUUUAAAAAUCAUUUUUUUAAAACCAUUCUUGAAAAUACCUAUUGCUUCAUCAAUUUAAUACAAGUCAGGUCAAAAUAAUUCUUAAAAAGAUAUUUCAUAUUAUUCUCUUUGAAAAUAUCUCUCUUAUUUUCCUUCUGCCAACAACAGUUACAUGUAUAUUACAUUUAACUAUUUGCUGCUUCCAGAAUUGUCUAUUGAAAUUUAAACAUGCCAACUAAAUUAUCUCGGUAUUUUUUUUUAAAAAAAAAGGACACAGGGACGGUGGAGAAUCGGUUAAGACAUGAACCAUUUAGUUUUAGUAAAACUAGUCUUUCACUUAGGUUUGAUGGGAGGAGGUAUACUGGCUGGUUUUGUGUCAACAACACAGGCUGGGGUUAUCACAGAGAAAGGAGCUUCAGUUGAGGAAAUGCCUCCAUGAGAUCCAACUGUAAGGCAUUUUCUCAAUUAGUGAUCAAGGGGGAAAGGCCCUUGUGGAUGGGACCAUCUCUGGGCUGGUAGUCUUAGGUUAUAUAAGAGAGCAUGCUGAGAAAGCCAGGGGAAGCAAGCCAGUAAGGAACAUCCCUCCAUGGCCUCUGCAUCAGCUCCUGCUCCCUGACCUGCUUGAGUUCCAGUCCUGACUUCUUUCAGUGAUGAACAGCAGUUUGGAAAUGUAAGCGGAAUAAACUCUUUCUUCCCUA